GUGUCCACCAGGAGGACCUUAGCGCUGCAGUGCUGGUCAGUUGGCGGUGAAGUUGUUGUUGUGGUUGUCAUGGACGGCCGGCUGGAAAGCGGUACUCGGCUCGGUUUUGUGGUGUUGGAGUAGACGGGUUGACGCGGCUUCCUUAGACCCGGGAGUUGAGCAGAACACAUGCGGGCGAUGGCUUAUGUCUGAAAACAUGCGGCACCGAUGCUUGCUGCUGGCUGUGUGUGGAUGGGCAGUUUUCAUGUUGCUGUUUGUCAGUAAAUUUAUUACCUUAACUCUCAGAGAUAAAGAAGAAUAUGGUACUAAACCACAAAUAUUGGAUAAGACUGUGACCAACUAUGUUAAAAAAUUAAAGCCUCAAGAACAGACUUUAUACACAGACGACCAGCCAUCUCAAAGUACACUGAAUAAAGUGGAUCCUCACUGGGAUACAGUACAUGCUGAACGCUUCAAUCUUCUGAAGAACAUCUGCAGAAAUACUUCGUUAAGGAAUCUGACACAUUCUCCUAUCACAAAGUUUGUCUUGGACCGUAUAUUUGUGCGCGAUAAGCACAAAAUCCUGUUCUGUCAAACCCCAAAAGUUGGUAAUACACAGUGGAAGAAAGUUCUUAUUGUUUUAAAUGGAGAAUUUAAAUCUAUUGAAGACAUUCCUGAGCCUUUGAUCCAUAAUCAUGAGAGGAAUGGCCUCCCUCGCUUGUCAUCAUACAGUGAACCAGAAAUAACAAAAAGAUUGAAUACAUACUUCAAAUUCUUCAUUGUUAGGGAUCCCUUUGAAAGACUUAUAUCUGCAUUCAAAGACAAGUUUCUAAAGAAUCCUCGAUUUGAACCAUGGUACAGAUAUAACAUUGCUCCAGCAAUUAUUCAGAAGUAUAGAAGGAAUCGCACAGAGACUAAAGGACUCCAAUUUGAUGAUUUUAUUCGCUAUUUAGGCGAUCCUAACCAUAAGUGGCUUGAUAUUAAGAUAGGAGAACCCAUUAUUCACUGGGCUACAUAUGUAGAGCUUUGUGCACCUUGUGAAAUCAAGUAUAAUGUCAUAGGACAUCAUGAAACACUGGAAAAGGAUGCUCCAUACAUUUUAAGGAAAGCAGGAAUAAAUAAUCUGGUAUCCUAUCCCCCAAUCCCACCAGGUAUUACAGCAUACAACAGAACCAAGGUCGAGCAGUAUUUCUCCGGAAUCAGUAAACGAGAUAUAAAACGCCUUCAUGCUCGUUUCCAAGGAGAUUUCAAACUGUUUGGUUAUGAUGAGCCUGAGUUUUUGUUAAACUGACUUGAGACAUGUACCAAGUCUAAUAGGAGUACAAUGGGUAUUUACAUUUCUUAUUUUUUUGUUAAACACUGAGUAUUUUAAUGCUACCACCAGCAGAGGUCAGUGAAGGCACAGGUAGUGAAAGAAAACUUGAAACAUCAUGCAUGUAUGCAGUAAUAAAUGAACCCAGGAAUAACAAUAUUUUAUGCAUUUUAGAGGUAGAUAAGCAGUUGUAUCAUGCAUUGAGCACAUCAACCAUCAUUAUAGGCCAUGAAAAUGUAGUGAAAGUAUUUCCAAGAACAAGGACAGUAAAAAUCAAUUUAAUUGCCGAACAACACAUCAUUUAGAAUAUGUUUCAGUAUAUGCCUUUUUACCCCUUUGUUGAGUUGUCACUGUCACAUAUACAGCACAGAUAUUGGCAAAAUUUUUUAAAUGACUUAUUCGAAUUAGUUGAAUUUAGGUGUAAGCAUUAGAAAAGUCUUUUAACACAAUAGAUAAUAAAACUAAAAUUUGUACAUUUAAAGCUGCAGUAUCCAUUUUCAGGGAUGUCUGUUUGUCAGUUUUAUUAAUUAGCUGGUUGUCAAUUGGUACUUUAGGUGAACUUGAUUUCAAUUCCCUCCCUUCCUCACCCUCACGACUAUCCUGCUCACAAUCUCUCUCACAACCUUUUUCGCUGGGUUGGAGAGUUGGGUGAGAAACAAAUAGAUUUUCAGAAAUCAGUAAAAGAAAAUGCUAUUGGUCAACAGAAGAUCUGAUUUAGUAAUUUUUUUCAUUCAGCAUCCAGCACCUGUGGGACUAGGAAUUGGUGGAAAUUGCUCAACCAUACACUAAGCAAGUUGGAAAGGUAGCAACCUUGGAACUCGAAUAUCAAGUGGCCAACUAAUUAAGCUACCAAGCAAUUGUUAUUUCUAAACUUUAAGGUUAAUCUACUGAUAAAUGCAUAAUAUAACAUUAAAAUUAAUUUCACAGAAAAACAGAUUUUAUUUUACAAACCACAUUGAGAAAUACAUAUUUGAACUUCCAUGCGUCAUGAUUCUGAUAUUUUUGUGCUAGCUGAUGUGUGUACCGUGUUCAUGUAAGUAGCUGACUUCGUAAAUAUAUUUAAACUGGUGCACAAAAUACAUACGAAACUGUUUUAA